AUGGCGGCUCCGAACCCCGCGCCUUGCGACGAGAUCUCCAAGUCAACCUUCUAUACCAUGAUCCCCUCAGUCGUUCGUUCGAGGAUACCAAUAUUGACCUCCCUACGCCAUUCCGCGAGGUCCAUUGUCAUUGCUUCGGUCGUCCGAAGGAGAGCAUAUACCCUAUCGUGUAUUGAGUCUACCAAAGAGAAGGAGACGACCCAUGGCUACGCCUUCACCAUUCCUUCUAGUGGGACUAGUGCUCCAACCAUAAGACCAGACAGCUCAGAGGGAAGACUAUCAUCUCAAGAACUGAGCCUCGGAGUGCUUCCACAACCUGAAACAAGGUCUGGUGUGGAUUGGGAUGUUGCCGCAACAGGCGUGAGAUUAUGGGUGACUGCCAAAACACAAGCCGAGCAGGGUGGAGAGCCCACCGCUCUUCGAAGCAUGCAUAUUGACGCUUUACGAUAUAUGCAUAUGGCGUUACCCUCGGAUCUAACCCCUCUUGAGAUCGAGUCUUUACGGGCCAGCAUGUCCCCUCAACUCAUCUUUCGGUCGGCCGAGAUCACAGACGUCCAGGCUCGACGGUCUCCGAACAUUUUGAGGCAGGGUGUCGCUCAAGCUAUAUGCUGGCUCUUUGCGGGGUUUCUCUUCGUUUUGCCGUUCAUUAUGACAUUUCUCAAUCGCAUCCUGCAAUUUGAACGCCAACACCAGGUGACUGAGCGAGUGAUCGCCAAUGGUCUUGAUUUGACUACCACUCUUGGUGAGCGAAGUUUGCUGUGGCAGAAGGCCUUGAUUCGGGUUAAAAAUGGGCGGGUGGGAGGCGCUUGUAUUGAUGCUGGGUCAUGGUUCCUCGAGGGAAUCAUUGGAGGUGUAAACGACGGCAUUGAUGCCGUGGCUCGGAGUCGAAGGAAAACGCCUUGA